AUGCCGGAUAAAGUAAAGAGCACCUUAAUGCUCAUAGCAGCUGGAGAAUUUUCAGUGGGGAUUUUAGGGAAUGCGUUCAUUGGAUUGGUAAACUGCAUGAACUGGCUCAAAACUAGGAAGAUUGCCUCCAUUGAUUUAAUCCUCACAAAUCUGGCCAUGUCCAGAAUUUGUCUAUUAUGUGUAAUACUGUUAGACUAUUUUAUACUGGAGCUGUAUCCGGAUGUCUAUACUACUGGUAAACAAAUGCGAAUCAUUGACUUCUUCUGGACACUAACCAACCAUUUAAAUGUCUGGUUUGCCACCUGCCUCAGCAUUUUCUAUUUCCUCAAGAUCGCGAAUUUCUUCCAUCCCCUUUUCCUCUGGAUGAAGUGGAGAAUUGACAGCGUGAUUCCUAGGAUCCUGCUGGCAUGCCUGGCCCUCUCUGUGCUCAUUAGCCUUGUCGUCACUGAGAAUUUGAAUGAUGACUUCAGGUCUUGCGUUAAGGUAAAGAAGAAAAUAAACGUAACUGUGAAAUGCAGAGUGAAUAAAGCCCAAUAUGCCUCCAUCAAGAUUUGCCUCAACCUGUUGACCCUAUUCCCCUUUUCCGUGUCCCUGGUCUCAUUUCUCCUCUUACUCCUCUCCCUGUGGAGACAUACCAGGCAGAUGAAGGUCGGUGCCACAGGGCGCAGAGACCCCAGCAUAGAAGCCCACGUGGGAGCCAUGAAAGCUGUCAUCUCCUUCCUCCUCCUCUUCAUUGCUUACUAUUUGGCUUUCCUCGUAGCCACUUCCAGCUACUUUAUGCCCGAGACCGAAUUAGCAGUGAUGAUGGGUGAGUUGAUAGCGCUCAUCUAUCCCUCAAGCCAUUCGUUUAUUCUAAUUCUGGGGAACAACAAAUUAAGACAGGCGUCCCUAAGGGUGCUUUGGAAAAUAGAGUAUAUCCUAAAAAGAAGAAAUCGCUAA